AUGCUGGUCCCUUUGACUAAGUCGGUAUGUUUCGUCAGCAGCUGCAAUAAAGCUGGUUCCCUGCUGGUCAGUGAAUCCCGCAAAGGCACUUGUGUGAGAAAGCGGCAGCACGCAGCAAACUCGGGUUUUACGCAGCGAAGGAACUGCCUUCAGCUCUGUCUCAGUUGGCAGGAUGAGUUGCUUCGGAGUUGUCUGAACGCACUUUCUUGGCUGCGAGGGCAAAAGGAUGCCGAGCGGAACGCUGCAACUUGGGCACGCCCGGCGUUCGCUGAAGGCUGGUUCGCCACCAACGUGUUCCAGGUGCGCCAGAGCCAGACGGAUCCUGAAGUUGCCUCUUUCCUCUGGUCGAGCAAGGGGCUUGCUGAUGAAUAUGCGAGUGUUGUCGGCACUGCGCCCGUUUCCAAGGACGGGCGAUACUUUAUCGUCAGACUAGACGUUAGUGGUGAGUGCUUCCGAAGCCACGUCCUUCCAGGCCAGUUUAUUCAGAUAGAGAGCCCUGUGGAUACCGGCCGGCGGUUUCUAGCGACGAUAGCAUCACCUCCACGAAACGCUGCUGGUCAGUUUGAGAUUCUGCUCGACAGAGAUAAGCUCGCUGGGCGCUGGUUCCGAACCCGUAUGGAGGCACCACGAACGGGCGACAAAGUUCGGAUCUCGAAAGCACUUGGGCGCGGCAUUGCGCUGCCUCACGGCCCGAUACCUGCGGAGCUUUUCCUUUUCGCUGACCAUUUUCAUGGCUUUGCAGCAGCAAACUCGCUUUUCGAAUGGGAUGACUGGCGUCGUUGCAGCGGUGAAGGGACAGUCCGCAAGUGUCAAGUUCGAGCCGUGUUCUUCGUAGAUCGUUUGGAGAAUGUGCCAUUCAGUUUCCGUUUUCCAUUAUGGAUCGCAUACGGCAUUCAGAUGUGCUUGCAGCAGCGGGACGCGGACUUAGAGGAUUUAGUUCAAAAGCGGAUACUAGAUGUCGGUAAGCCGGAGAGCACAGCAGCUCUGAUUUGUGUCGGAAAUAGUGCAUUUGAGCGACAAAUUCAUACGCUUCUUCGUGGGCGAGGGCUCAGAGAGUCUGCCAUUGCCGAAAUCACCCAACGCACGAUGAUGGCGGAUAUGUCUCUGCUGAACCAGACGCAGAUCAGGAACGUUGGCGCAUCGAAUAUCGCUACCGCUAACGAGAGUGCUGAUCGGUACGAUGCGAGGUUCUCGAGCCGCCCCCACGCUCCAGGAGAGUAUGCGGCGACCCCGCAUGCGUGGCAAGUCCGGGUAUGGGGCGCAGCUACACAACCCCAGAGUCAGUCGCAAACAUUUCGUAUAUGGUCUCGCCCCGAAGAUCUCAACCCCGCUUCUGGUGGUGACGAUGAUCACAACGCGGUAGCGUCGACGUCAUCAAACUCUGCGAGGCACUUUGACGGAGUCGAGCAUAACGGAGCGGCUGUUGAAGAUGAAGUAACUGAUGGUUAUUACGAAGAAGAAGAGAAUGAUGAUGAUGAUGAUGAAUGGGAGCGAUGGUUCGCUGCGAAUACCGAGUCCUGGUCUGUCCGUUUCGACGACGAUAUCUGGAAUAGCUAUUGGAAAAGUUGGGAGCAGGAGCAAGCUCGUUGGACUGCUGCCGGCGGUGACUGGACAGAGUAUGCUCAGGACAGCUGGCGUGGCAACGCUAAUAGUUAUCAAUCUAAUACGAAUCGAAGGGAUGAUUGGGGCCGCGGUGCAUAUGGCGGGAACGAUGGAAACACCAGGGGUCAUCAAGGCGGGAGCGAUCGCGGGUUUGCAGCGACCUUUGGCAGCAUGGAUCUGUAUGCUGUUCUGGGGGUCUCCAGAACAGCCUCACAUGCGGAAAUCAAGAAGGCUUAUCGCAAACUAGCCAGAGAAUGGCAUCCGGAUAUGCACAGGAACGAGAACGAGGAGGCCAAGCGACGAAUGCAGCGCAUUGUAUUCGCCUACUCAGUCUUGCGUGAUGAGUCGAGCCGUCGUCGCUAUGAUCUCGGCAUAUAG